AUGAAAUGCUUGCGCAGCAAAGCAGUGGUCGUUGUUCGAUUGAAUGAUCCGCUCUGUAAGCCGUGUUUUCUUGCGUAUUUCACGCACAAAUUCCGUGCCACGAUCGGAAAGGCACGUGUGAUCAGGGCAGGCGAAAAAGUUUUGUUGGCUUUUUCUGGUGGGCCUUCUUCCAGCGCUAUGUUACACUUGGUAUGUGAAGGAUUGAGUCCAGGAGCGCCCAAAAAGCUUCGUUUUGAACCAGGAAUCGCUUUCAUUGAUGAAGGGGAAAUUUUGAAGCCAACCAGGGAAGAACGGCAGAAAUACAUCGAACGAAUUCGAGAUAUUGCAUCAAAGACAGAAUUUCCUUUUCAUCUGUUUAAUUUGGAGGACAUUUUUACCUUGGAAAAAUCUGCACUAGAUGACGCAAUUUGUUGCGAGAAAUUUGAAAAACAAGAAAGUGGUAAUAAUUCGGCAGAAAAACUUUCAAACCUUUUUGAUGUGACCUUAUCUAUGACUGCAAAGGAAGACCUUCUGAGGACAUUGCGAUGUCAGUUACUUCUUGCAACUGCCAGGAAAGAUGGUUAUUCAAAAGUAAUGUUAGCUGACUGUGCCACUCGCAUAUCAAUCCGGCUGUUGUCCGACAUCUCUCAAGGAAGGGGUGCUGACCUGCCAUUUGACACUGGCUUUAGUGACAACCGUCAUGGUGAUGUCACUUUGAUAAGACCAAUGCGUGAAUUUGCGACCAAGGAAAUUGCACUGUAUAAUUUCUUCAACAGUGUGGAAACUGUGCCAAUAACAACACUGGGAACAAUGAGCCAUUCUCAUGCAAGCAUUGAUCGCCUGACAGAAGAGUUUGUGACUGGUCUGCAGGCUGACUUUCCAUUUACUGUCAGUACAAUUUUUAGGACUGGAGACAAGUUGUCAGCAAUGGACUCCUCAGAUGAUACAACAAACUGUGCCUUUUGUGGAGUUCCCAUGAAUCUAGGACCCAAUCAUUUUUCAACUCUCAGUGAUUCUAAGCUUGAUUCUAAGCUUGAUAUUGCUGCAUCCUCAUGUGCGGGUGAUUGUGACAGUGGGUGUUCAAGCUCAUCAUCAGGUCGCUGGUUGACCAAACAGCUUGUUCUUGAGACAUUCUGUUAUGGUUGUCAGCUGACCUUUAGAGAUGUAAAGUUCAACCCCAAUGAUCUGCCAACCUAUGUUGUAGAAACUGCCAACAAAAUUCAACAGAGAGCCCAGAUGAAAGAACAGAUUAAAGAUUUCUUAUUAGAUGAUAAUUGACCUCUAUGAUCCGUGAUCUUGUGUGUGCGAAGGGAAUGGAUAGAGUGAUGCCAUCUCUUUCCUCUAGCCAUGGGACUGUGAGUGUAAUCAUAAUUCAAAAUAUAACAGACAAAAUCUAGAGAAAGACCUGGUACAAUAAUUCUUAGUACAUACUCAAAAUAUAUGUUGUGGUUUAAAUUAUUUUAUCCUUGGUUUAAAUUUUAUUUCCCUUUGUUUUGGGGUUUGGUAAUGUAUGGCAAUGAAUUUAAAACAAAGGGAAAUGAAAAUUAAACCAAGGAUAAAACUGAAGUACAACAUGAAUAUUGAAUGUAAUAUUAUAUCUGAUUUGUUUGUUUGAGUGUGCAUGUAGGUGUGUCAAAUAAAAUUGUUUCUCAGGUUAAACUAGUGAGUGAGCUCUUUGGUAGAGAUCUCACCCUGGUAACCAAGGUUUACAGCUGUUUUGGAUUACAUGCAUUCUUGAAUGUCCCUGUAAAUUUUCCUUUACACUAGAUGUUUUCAUAAUGGUAGAUUUUGAGAACAAAGUUUGUACAAUGUAUGUAGUAAUAAUAAUGUAAAAGACAUUGUUCAGGGGUUUCAAUAAAAUUUGAAAGAUGCAGCAGUGCUAACUGUAUCAACAAGGUUUAGAUGAAUCUUUCUUUUUGAUUACUUCAGCAGACCAUUUCACAGUUGUGGGCUUGGUAUCCUAGCCUUUGAGUGAACAUGAGGCUAAUGUUGACCUUGUUUUGAUGCAGACCUCUUUCCUUUUCUUAUGGAAAUUGUGCUUAAAGAUACGUAGUUAGCAUAAAAAAAACCUGAUUUACAUAAUAAAGCAAGAGGGGUUGUAUCAAAACAAGGUCAACUCCAUCCUCAUUUUCCACUGUAACUGUAAAUUGCCUCCUAGCAAAAUAGCUAAAGCUUCCUUGUUUUCAAUCAGUGCUUAUUUGUAAGCAUUGGUUAUCUGAAUGAAAUAAUUAUAUUUAAUUUUCACUCAAUGCAAACCAUUGUAACCUUAGUUUCCGGAGCCUCCUGGCCGAAUAAUUAUUCUAACUACAAUUGACUUUCCUUCAAUCCUGCAAGCAAGCUCUCUAUUUAUGGUGGGCAAAGUGUGCCACAAGGGAACACGCACAAGAGAAUGUUCUCACAUCUCCUUUUGUGUGAAACUCUCUGGCCACUUCUCGUGUUUCCCCCAAAUGGAGAACUUGCUAGCAGGCUACUUUCCUUCCCUAAUCAAACACUCUGAAAUUUUUUAUCUCCAGUUCACAUAAACUCCUCUAUGAGUUUGCCAGUUUGAUAUUUACCACCCGGGGGGGGGGUACUGCCAUAUAUGGGCUCAGGUAUGUGCCACUGUGAAGGGUAUGGUUUUCAGGCAGUUUACUCUAGGAUAGGGUAUGUAAAUCAGAGCGUUUGGGUCUAGAAUAGGGUAUCAUUUUUCAGGAAACUGAUCAGUUGGUUGAAGAUUUCAUCUAGACAGGGGAGACAGCUACUCUAGGAUAGGGGGAUUUGGGGAGUUUACUCUAGUAUAGGGUAGCAAAAUUCAGCUGAACUAGCUCUGGUAUAGGUUAAGGGUUCCAGGGUCCCAGUGGCACAUCCCCACCCAGAAAUUGCUAAAGUGCCCCCCCCCCCGACCGGGAUUUACCACCACACCCUAGAGUGGAAGGGAGAAAUAGCCUUAUAUGACAGAGAAAGAGCGAUGACGAAUACCGCUGUCCUGAACCAACAUCAGAUCUCUUCGAACGACGAACGUCACUUCAUUCGUUCAAAAUGACCAAACUUACAGAGUGGAUUGUAUUUGCUGGAUUAGCGUUUUCAAUCUGGAUUACAUUAUUAGCAGAUAUUCUACCUCUUAAAGUAUCUUACAAAGCCAAAGAAGUGAUAUGGCCGGUACGUUUAGAAAUGUUUGACUGCACGUGUGGGAUAAAAACUAUCCACAAACAAUCGUGGAAUUACUUGAGCCUAUUUAUUAUAGCUUAAAACAAUUUGCCUCUGAAAUGUUUUAUUUUUUACAGAUGCCAGUAUAUGCCCUGAUAGCCUUUGGAGUAAGUAAAUUUUAUCUUGUUUUCUUUCAUUUUCAGCUGUUUGCGUGUAAUCUUUGUCGGGUCCAUAGCUUAGAAGUUGUAGCCCUACGUUUUUCUUUUUUUCUGCAGUGUUAUUCUUUAGCAACUAUAGGAUACCGUGUAGCGACAUUUAACGACUGCGUAGAAGCCUCUGAAUCUUUGAAGCAGGUGAGAAGCUGAAAUUUUCUUUAACUUUUACCAUCCUAUUAGCUAAGGGCUAUCCCUCAGAAUGCUUUCAAAGUCAGUGGUGUAACUAGGGCAACCAAGUCCAACAACCUACUUUUAACAGGGACACCACUCAUACUUAUUCCCAUCUUGAGGUCGGUGUGUUAUGAAAGAGUUAUUUGGAGGAAAAAAGUUUUUCUAGACAAAGUCUUUUAAUUUCAGGUGUAAGGAAAUUUUGGUAUUAAGGUGUGCUAAGUUAAGAAAAAAAAUCUUAGAUUUCCUAUGCCAAGAGGGUCAUGUUCGUAGGUUUUGGGUGUUAUGCCCCCCCCUUCCCCCACCCCCGCUCCCCACAAGGGCUUCAGAUUUGAUUCUCAUUUUAGUAGAUGAUUCUGUGAAAAUUGAUAGUUUAGUUCAGACCAGAAAGCUCAUAAUCUUGGGGUAGUACAUAUACAUGCUCACAUACUUACACUGUACGACGUAUUAUGAGGGAGUAAUCCUUCUUACCCCCUGCCAACUAGGCCUAUUUUGAUGUUUUGCAAAUUAUGAAUGUGACAAUGUGUGGUUAUGAAUAAGUAAGUAUAAAAAGUUUCCACAAGAGAAUUUAUUGUCUCUUGGUUUCCAUGUUCUCUCUUUUGUAGUGGCAUCUUUAUAGCUUUUUUUAUACCAGUCUUGCUGGUUUUCUUUCUUGUAGGAGAUAAAGGAUGCAAGAGAAGAUUUAACAAGGAAAGGAUUCAAGUUUGACUGACAUUCAGUCAUCUACAGAAAUUCAGAAUAUAUAUUUUUUAAAUUAUGGCACUGUGCCUUUAGUUAGUGAAUACUGCAUUUAGCUCCUCAGGUUUAAUGAAAUUCGCUAAUACUUUUUCAUCAAGAGAUCUGGAAAGGCAUCCAAAAAGAGAUGGACUAAGAAGUCUGUAAUCCUUAGCUCAAAAUGUAUUUCUGGGAUAAUGUUAUUGUCCUGUGCAAGAAAAGCAAAUCUGUUUGUUCAUGUGUUCUUAACUCUGGUUAGAGUGUGAACAGACCUUCCUUUUUGGAGAAGAGGGGGUAAAAAUUGCAAGCAGACAGUGAGGAAAAACAAUGGAAGUGGGGAAGUGACGGCAUGGCCCUUUCCCCUCCCUCAUCCCUUGCCAUUUUUCCCUUUUUUUUCCCACCAAAGAGCUUGGUGCCAGGUCAACUCUGCUAAGACUGGUUGGCAUACUUCUUGGGAAGACAGUCAUUAGAAGUGGCCAUGCCUUGCUAUUUGCCGUCUUUCUGAGAAGCUGGAAUGUGUCUUUGCACCAGUUGAAUUCUGAAAAAAUAAUGGUCCAGUUUUGCUAUUUAAGGGGGCUCUCCUUUUGUCAGAACUGACCGGCCAGACCAUUCCCAUCGCGAUGAUAACUUCACUUGUAAUCAAAACUAUCCCGCCAGAUCAGUUAAAUCCUGAAUAGUAUGCAUGAAGGAGAUGUUUUUUUCCACAAAAACCCUUUGGAAAAAGCCUAUUUCAUUUUCAAACUGACUGGCAAUGGUCCGGCCGGCCAGUUCUGACAAAUCGAAAGUGCCCUAAGACUAUAUUUAGGCAAAAAAAAUGCCUGAAAUAAAGUGUUGACAGGCUAAACGUGACUCAUAAGCUCAUGAUAGUGUAAAAACAUGACCCUAGAGUUGCCUUUUCCCUUCAUUUCUCUCCUUUGCUAAGGUUUUGCAGUGCACGGAGUAUUCUAAAAUCCCACUGAGUAAGUCUUACUUUUACCGCCCCGAGUUUAAAGCUUUUGCAGUGUUUCAUGCAGAUCGAGUGAUUAUUGGGUUACCCUGCGGUCAAGGUCAACUUUGCAGAAUUUGGAAGUUACAAUGUAAUUGGCUAAGUGUGGGAAAGGAAUGUCGUUCUCAGUUGAGCAGGCGUUUGUGGGGAGGGAUGAAAUAUGAGCUCCCCUAAAGAUGCCCUGCGUGGGAGGCUAAGAGGACCCUGGUGAAUUAAAGACCUGAUCUCUGUUAGGUCUUGAAUAAAAAGCGUAUAGUCAAAUUUAUUUGCAUCAUGAUAAAGAAAUUAUAAAUUACCAGUAUCCC